GUGGGUAAUAAAAAUAACUGAAGUAUAAUUUAAACACAAGAUAACACCCCGCCGAUUAUUCUUAUGUUUACAGGGUGAGUGUUACAAAUCGGAGACUAUAGUCCACAAAUAUGGGAAUAAAAAAAUCUCCAGCUUGACUCCCUGGAGAAAUCCCUUGAUCCGCCCCUGUUAAGACAGCUAUAGACUUACGGGUACGAAUGGUAAUUGGUUAUUAUAUAGGCCUAGACCAAACUUUAGAUAAAAGUUUUAACAUCGCUGAGUUUUUAUGGUCGAAGUAUAUACGAAAAGAAACUAGUAACUUUACACACUACAGCGGUACGCCGCAGCAGUAUUGUUAUACAUGAGGCGGGCCACUGCACAUAUUUUUUUAUAUAGCACCUUAUACGUUGACAAAUGCAAAAUGAACAAAACUCAAUGCAUUUUACAGAUUAAAACAGAAGGAAAUGUGAUUCCAUAAAAUACUAUACAAUCAACAAAUUAUAAAUAUACAAAACGCAUCACAAAUUCAUAGCUACGUGUACAACAAACCAAGAAUUAUAAAACAUAAGUUACACCCAACACACGCCGAAAUUGAACACUCAUAGCCUGUCGAUAAAAAUGUGUCUUCAGGGCUGCAUGCCUUAAAGGUGAAUUGGUCGCAAACUAUUGGAGGCACACUAUUGUGAACCAUAUUGCGAAAAUUUUUCCUUUUUUUAGGCAUGCAGUUCAUGGCAUGAUAAUAUCUUGGACGUUGAACAUGAAAUUAGUGAAAUAUGCAUUCUGUUACGUUAUUCUAACGUAGUCAGAGUUCUUUCAAAAAGAGAGUCACGUUUCUGUGAAUAAUGUGAGGUAGGACUAAACCCUUAGACGUAUUCACUGCAUGUUCAAGUGAAAUAGACACUUUGCCAGGCAAAGCCUCGGUUGAACAAAAAAAUCAGUUCCCCAAAAUGAUAAUUUCACGGUGAUAGCCUACUUAAUAUGCCCGAAGGCCCAAUUAUCACAUUCAUAAAAUAACUCACUUUAAAUUUUAAACCCUGUGCAACUAUACACUAUAAAUCAAAUUCCUCCGACAUUUAAAAAUAAGAUGCCGUCAAACGGACACAUAGGCCUAAUUUCUCAAAUCUGGUUACAUUAAGUCUCAGAAGUUGGCAGGUUCAAGUCCGAACCAGCUUCAAACCCUGCAGUUUCCUUAUCAGGUGCAUAAGAACGAAGUGGUUUGGUGAGAUUUACAUUGAACAUUGUUACAGAGCGUACCUUGUUUUGUUUGGAGCCACUCUCCCAAUUACUCACGUGUCAUACUUUCAUGAUUUUUCUUCCAAGUCUGAUCUUGUUGUGACCUUUUUUCAAAUUAGGCCAUUUUCAAUGGGAUUUUCUCCGACCUUUCCACGUCGCGCUUUAACAAUGACGCAUAGCACAACCAGACAGAAGCCACAGGUUUAAAAAUAGUUCCGCAGCUGGUUAUUUUCUGUCUUGGAAAAAUGCCACGGGAUGAGGAUCUUUAAUGCUGGGAAAGGUCUUUCCUGCUAGGGGUAAAACUCAGAUCACGAGGGUACAACUCGUGCAGGGACGGGGCUUAAUUUAAUUCAGUGCUGAAGAUCGUAAUGAUGGUGAGGGGAUUCCUCCAAAAGCUAAAGAGAAGAAAAAGAGUUGAUCAUCUUGUAUUUGAAAUUCCCCCAAAAAGAUCCAUUCCGAUGGUCUGUGGCUAUAUCCCAACUGUAGGCAAUAGGUUUAGUGGCCUUUCACACGUUUCCUAGAAGAGUUCAGUGAUCACCAAAUGCACCAUGGUUGUACGUCGUGUUCUUUGUCUAACUUUAAUUCAUGCACUUUUUAGUACCUUCUGGCUGUCGUGACAAAUGUUUCCGGCCAUCAGAGUCACUGAAUCAUUGCGGUUAUAUAGAAAGAACAUUCGCGGACUAUAAGUACACUUAUAAUCUUUCAUGCAGGCGUGAUCUUGGCUGGCAUCUCUGUGAGCCAUUUUUAAGUGGAAUGACGAAAUUCCUACGAGCUUUCACGAUAUUGGAAGCUCGUCCCUUCGGCUGGGGUCAUUCUACUAAACACCUUCAAGGUACCGUAAUCUUGUACUCUGCUUGUCAUGAAGUGUUGCUUGUUGAUCAGACUUUGUCUGGGGGUUAACAUCAGUUUUGUUAACAUUGUCAAAGAGUGGAAUAACACUGUGUUUUUGCUUUGCUAUGGCGAAACAUGCAUAUCCUCACUUGGUACUGCGUGCAGUGGGGACACUCGUGCUACUGUACUGCCCGGGUAAUGUGUCGGCAGCCCACGACAAUGAGAAUUUCACAGUCUGUCACGCGUCCAGGAAGAUCGAUCACUUCGAAGUGGUUCACUUGGAUUGGCAGGAGGUUCAGGUCCCGUUCGGCAUCUGUCUCUGGAUCAUGGUCGCCAGCCUGGCGACGCUGUGCUUCCAUAACACGUUCCUGCCUAAGGUGCUACCUGAGAGCUGUCUACUGCUCAUCACCGGCUUCGUGGUUGGCGGUGUAAUCAAGAUCAACCCAGAGGCGUUCCCGCACAGUCUCUCCUACGGGCUGAACACUGACCUCUUCUUUCUGUUCCUCCUGCCUCCGAUCAUCCUGGAGGCCAGCUACUUCCUGCCCAUGCGGUCGUUCUUCAACAACAUCGGCACCAUCCUCCUCUACGCCGUCAUUGGGACAGUCUUCAAUACAGUUGCCAUUGGCCUCUCCCUCUACGGCAUCUCCCAGCUCGGAUGGUACGGGACCGGCCCAAACGGCACCACCAUAUACUUGUCUGCCCUGGAGUGCCUGACCUUUGGCAGUCUGAUUUCUGCUGUUGACCCCGUGGCCGUCCUAGCAGUAUUCGAAGAGGUGCAGGUGAAUGAGAUUCUGUUCAUUCUGGUAUUUGGUGAGUCUCUGCUCAACGACGCCGUCACUGUUGUUCUUUACCGGAUCUUUGAAUCCUUUAAUGCCAUUGGCGCUGACAGAAUCCAGGUCAUCGAUAUAGUGAGUGGAUUCUUCUCCUUCUUCGUAGUGUCAAUUGGUGGACUGGUCGUAGGUCUUUUGUACGGCUUCCUGACCUCCCUUCUGACGCGCCUUACUCACAAAGCCAGGGUUAUCGAGCCUAUCUUUGUAUUUGUCAUGGCCUACAUGGCAUACCUUACAGCAGAAAUGUUCCACCUGUCUUCCAUCCUUGCAAUUGUCUCCUGUGCCAUCUUCAUGAAGCCAUACGUGGAGUCCAACAUCUCCCGUAAGUCGCGCACUACCAUCAAGUAUUCCUUGAAGAUGUUAAGCAGCAUCAGCGAGACCAUCAUCUUCAUCUUUCUGGGCGUCACCACCCUGGUGGAUCUCCACUACCACCAGUGGAACACAGCCUUCGUGAUCUACUCACUUGUGUUUUGUCUGUUGUAUAGGGUCAUGGGAGUGUUUGUACAAACCAGGAUAGCAAAUUCCUUCCGUCUUGCCAAAAUUAGCAGCACGGAGCAGUUUAUCAUGGCCUAUGGGGGGUUGCGAGGCGCCAUCGCCUACUCGCUCGUUUCUUUACUAUGUAACGAAACGGUCCACAGCAAAAAGAUGAUGUACACCUCGUGCAUCGUAGUUGUCAUGUUCACUGUCUUCAUCCAGGGUACCACCAUCAAGCCCAUUGUGGGCCGACUCCGAGUCAAGAAAGCGACCAAAAGUAAGCCUACCAUGAAUGAAAAGAUAUUUGAGCGACUCGUUGACCACGUCAUGGUGGGAAUGGAAGAUAUCCUUGCCCAACACGGACACCACUCCUUGCGAAACAAAUGGGAGAAAUUCAACAAAAAUUUUGCUAAGCCUCUGUUGAUGCAGGGGAAGGUCAGCCAAGGAGACCCCAAGAUUCUAGAGGUUUUCAGUAAACUAAAUGAGAGAGAUGCUAUGGAACGUAUCAGAUCGACCGGAUCCUUGUUUCAUCGGUCUUCGGUAGGCAUGCAGCAUCAGUCCUCAGAUGGGUUCAGCAUCGGCAGUCGAACCCCGUCGGUUAUUGGCGGGCUGUCUCUGAACGGCAGGGAACAAGGCAUCUACAUGCAUCCAAUGAGUUCCAGUGUCUCUAAGCGAUUCAGUCGCGACUCCAUCUCCGGUCAGCUCAACCUCCUCGCUGACAACAUGUACAAGCCCCAGAGACUGGAACACCACUUUGUCUCGAGUCGCCUGACGGAUAUCGACGAUUAUCAAGAGCCACGGAGCUUGAUGCGUCGCAGCCUGAACAUCCAACUACGACAUCGCUGUCGUAGACGGAAACAGAGACGCCGGUUGAGGAGGUCCUCACUAAUGGGAUCGACCACCUAUGACGACAUCAGCGGAUCUAAUGACGAGAUUCUUUCCAAUCCAUCCUCUAAAGAGCACAUUCAAUCCAGGAACGGCUUAAGGGAGGACGAAGACGAAGAGGGCAUCACUUUUGUUGCAACCGCCAGCUCCGACGAACUAGAUUCAGUCAAGGAAACAGUUGAGAAGAUACCUGUAGCUUCUCAAAAAAUCUCUCCCUGGCGUGCGACAGACCGCUCCUUCAUUUCGGUUCGAGCAGAGAUGCAUCCACUCAAGCAUUUCGAGGACACCUCUGCGCAAACUCCAAACAGAAUGUCACGAGUGAAGCCAAAACGUUCUUCUGUAGAGAGAAAAAAUGACGAUUCCGUGCCCUUGACCUCUGCUAUGGAGCUUCCGUGAACAGCUAUGAUUGUCAUUACAGAACUGUUUCAUUCCAUCAAAUUAAAGUAAAAAGACCACUGGAUGGCGCUGAAACAUGAAGACACCUGUAAAACGCAAUACUUCCCUAACAAAUAAUAGACAGUCAUCAAGUGAUUUUCGUACGCACCCUCGGAUGUUGUAAGGUUAUAUGUGUAAAAGGCCAGUUCAUACUUCACGCGAAAGCAAACACAAAUGCAAAUUUGUGACGUCAAAUCAAAUAUUUGCUCUGCGAAUUCACAAAAGUUCAACAUAGGCCUUUUUCAACUCAAGCAAAAUUUCGCUGUAAUUCAUUUGUGACGUUAAAUUCGCCCCGCGUUCACAUUCGCCUGUUGUAUGAACCGGCCUUAAUUUUUUUUUUUCAAAAAAGACUCAUCAGGAGAAGAUGCAGGUGUAUUGUACAGUAUAACCUCUCCUGAGAUUCAUGUUAUCGCAGCCAUAUUCACCUUAUCAUUGUUUAUUGUCUUUGAUCAGUAGUUGUUGAUUAUGUGUCAUUGAAUUAUUUUCGUCCCAACGUUAACGCAUGGCAUGGCACGAUUGAAAAAAAAUUCCAUGCGGAAUGUAGUUAGAUGUCUCGGAGUUGUAUUUGCACGAAUACAUCAUGGAGGGAAAAACACUAUAUUGUGAUGCAAAAACGCGGCUCCAUGCAGAUAUACUAAUUGGCAGAUGGUAAAUGCAGAGCACAGUUUCCUUUUUCAUUAAGCUGAUGAAGACACUUUCAAACUCGAGGGAUUUAUUCAGAAAAGGGUAGUUUUUCAUGAUUUGUUUAAUUCACAUUCGUGCAGAGUAAAGAAGAAAUUCGUUCAACGCUCCAUAUUACACUCGCUCUGCUUUGCCUCGUGGAAUAGUACAGUACAUUCCAUCUGUAGUCUCGUAACAUAAUUCUUUCUUAUAAUCGUGGAUUAUGAUUAUUUGCACAAUAAUCAUAAUAUAACAACCGAGCAACAUUGUUCAAAGUUGCCCACAACACUGGCAGUGUUCUGAUUUUUUUCAAAAAGUUAAGUGGAUCAAGUGAAUGUGGCUUUGUUAUAUUGCCCCAAAAUCCUAUAGCGUUUUGGAAGAGCCAUUCUACAUCGCUUUUUGAUUUGGCUUUCGUCAUGCUGUAGUCUGAUGCAUGUGGGUCAUUUUUAAUAACCCAGUAAGGACAGUUAUCAAUCCUGACGCAUCUAGCGUGGUGAGAGGGCACGCUGCCCAAGGCAAAAUGUUGCAAUUUCUAACAAUUACCUUUGUGGAUUUUACACAGAAUGAACGUUAAUUUCCUUGGAUGUUGCUUGUGUACAAGUUAUGUGCGUCUGGCCAUUCAGAAGCAAGCCCCUUUCAAGUAUAGACCUAGGAUUUUCCUUGCUGGACAGAAGCAAAACGCCAGACUAUAAUAACAACAUUAUUUGAGCGUUAUUCCUCUAACUUUUCACCACUACAGCAUUGUGGUGCAAACUUGAACUAAUAAAAUGGUGGAGUUCUGGGUUAGUUAUUUCUCGACAAAAUUCUUUCUGACUGUCGUUAACAUACAUCGGACGUCUUUGCCAGCAGAUUUGACCUUAGCUUAGGCGGUACGCCCUGAUCUCCUGAAAGUAAAGCUUUAAAAUGCAAUUUAAACAAACGUCGAACAAAAACCAAUGUAGUGCAAAAUCUGAGGGCGUUGUGCAUGUGCUAAAGAGUGUCCAUGUUAAGUCAUAACUACAUGAACGAGUCAAAAUUUUAAUUGCAUGAAUGCUAAUUUUCAUAAAAAUUGAUUCGUCGUAAAAAUGUAACUGAAUAUUUCUACGUCAGUAUUUUGGGUUAUUUCAAUAAUGCCAAUGUAAAUGUAUGUUCCAAGAGAGUAAGGGAAACUGAUUAAAAUUGACCUAUCACAGAAAAAUGGCACUCAAGGCACCUAGUGAAAAUUAUUGUCCAAUUACACUACGUAUGAAUUGGACUCAGGAUCUGCAAAAUCUAAGACAGCAUUUAACUUACAAAAUAGGGAUGUCAAAGGGGAGUGGCUAACCGCUAACACCGAGUUGGUCAAGUACGUAAACUAACUAGUAAAGGUUUAUUUAAAUCACAUGUAUACAUCAUAAAGAUACUCAGAAAGGUUAAGAUUCAUAAAAACACACAGAACAAUGUUAAAUUUUAUUUAGGAUUAUUAUAAUAGCUUUUAAAAUUGGCAUGAUGACAUAUAGAAUGGAUAUUUUCCGGUUGGAAGGACAAAACUUAAUAAAACGUAAGA